GCGUAGCCGACGACGCCGACGACGAGGCAGCCAUGGCCGCCCCCGCCGCCCGGAGAAUAGUUGGCGCUGAGGUUCCCAUACCCGGCUCGGACAAGCUGCGGUGGAUCGACCUCACCAUCCCCUCGUCCUCCGCCGCUGCGCCGGCGAGCCCCUCCGAUCCCUUCGUCUGCGUGCCCCCGCGUGCUGCCUCGGGGUGCCACAUCAUCCCUUCGGGCGAUUCUCAGUAUUACCUCUCGUGGAGGAUUCACGAGGAACACCCAAAUGUGCUGGAGGUCAUUGAACUUAGUCCCUCCAAGGAGUUCCCUAGCUUUGGACUGCGUCUUGCCUUCCAGGAGGCGCUAUCUCCAUUCGCCUUUCUAUGUGAACGAGAGGGUCGCAGGCAAGGGGAGCUUGUAUAUAUGCUAUAUGUGCUUACCGUUUCUGGAGUUGCUCUUUUGUGCCACCUACGCAGCCCAUUUUCCUACGUAUCUGGUUCAGUGCUGCAUCAGGAUGAUAUAGCUGAGUUUAAUCUCCAAACUCAAGCUCAGAGCGCAAAGGUUACAGCGGUAACAGCGAAGCCAGGAUGUAUUGUGAUUGGUCGGCAAGAUGGGUCCAUCUGUUCUUACAGUCUUGGCAAAUUAGCCCCAAACUCACCAGGUUUCUCGAAUGAACUACGAGAUGAUGCUGGGAUUGGACGUUUAUGGACUCUCAUGUCAAGAACAAAGACUGUGGGUCCUGUGCAGGACAUAGUAGCAACUGUUGUAAAUGAAAGGGACCUGUUAUUUGUUCUUCAUUUGGAUGGACACUUGCGCAUAUGGGAUAAUCACAUGAAACUUCUCAACUAUAAUGUCCACUCAAAUGACAUUGAAGGCCAUCCGUCCAGGCUAUGGGUUGGUAAGGCUGAUGAUGAUCAGGAGUUGAUAUCUUUGGCGAUUCUGCAUCAAAACACUGUGGUUCAAGGUUGUGAUUAUGUUGCUGUAUAUGGCUUCGGUUUUUCUGCUGCGGAAAGGUUCAUGUUCUCUUCUGAACCUUCAAUUUCUACUAUACCUUUGCUAGAGGGGAAGCUUGCGGACUUGAAAAUAGCCACAUAUAAGCUUUGGAUACUUAAAGAAUUUGGCUCCAUGCUCUAUGAAAUAUUACAGUAUGACAUUGACACCGAAACUGCAAAAUGUUGUAGUGAGAAGGUUUGCUGUUAUGUGCUACAAGAAGAUGCUAUCAGUGAACAGUUGUUUCAAAGUUCUGACAAUGCAUUGGAUGAUUUGGUUUGGACAGCUGAUUCAAUGUUCUCCUCCUUGAAGGAACAGGCUUUUACUUUGAUUUCAUCCAUGUUUCUGCGGAGGCUACUUCAACCAGGAGUAAACCACUGUUCUGCCCUACGUGAAACCUUACUAGAGCAUAAAAGGUUCCUAUCAGAUUCUGAGUUCCAGUCACUUACAGCAAAUGGGCUACGAAAAGAGAUAUUAUCUAUUAUAGAACAAGAGGGAAGUUCACAGACAGCAAGUGCUACAGCUUAUCACUGGAAACAAUUCUCUGCACGGUACCUCCACAAUUGGUGCUGGCACAAUAAGCCCUAUGGAUUGUUUCUUGAUACUACAAAUGAAGUGUUUGGUUUAGUAAGAAAGGGUUCAUUUUCUCUAUUCCGUUGUUUGGAGGGUCUGGAGAUGCUUAUUUAUGGUUAUGACCAUGGGGUGAACUUACUCGACGAUGUGUCUGAUUUUGAACUCCUCAAUGAGGUCCUCAGAUGCAUGGGCAAUAUACACCAUUUGCUGGGGAGAUCUUCCACAGCAGCAUAUUAUGAAUCCUUAAUUAGUUCUAUUAUAUCAUCUGAUGAAAUUGUUUCACAUAUAGUAAAGAUUCUAGAGACUGGUUUUAGUCAUCAGUCAUCCUCAUCCCUCAGUACAUUACUAGGAAUGGAUACUUAUGUAGAAAGAAGGCAGGCAGCUCACAAAAGUCAAAGGAAGUUUUCUGUUGAGAUGUUACGAUCUUUUCAUACGUUGCAAUCAAGAUCAGCAUCCUGGUCGGCAGUAUUCGAUGUGAUUGAGAAGUUUAUGAAGUGUUUGAACACAAACAUGAACGUACAAUCGUAUGGAUCAAAGAGAGUUUGUAAUGUAAAUUCUGUGUUACUAGUUCAAGCUACUUCACAGGUUGCCAGAACAAUGUUUGAGUGUGCAUUUGAUCUGUUUCUGUUCCUUAGCUAUCUGGUUGGUGUUGGUGGGCAGGUUUCUUUGUUGCAAAAUGAUGUUGCCAGAAUAAAACUGAAGCUGUUCCCAAUGAUUCAAGACAUAUUGGGACAAUGGAUUGUUCUCCAUUUUGUAGGAACCUCACCAACCUCACCACCAACCAUUGACGAUUUUAGCUAUCAACUUUCUUCUCUUCAGCUUGGUAAAUCAGAUGAACUGUCUUUGCACAGAAAGCUUGGCUGCUCUGAUUUUACAUUGGCUUCUUUACUUGAUUUUCCAAAAUCUCCUGAAGGGGACGUUAUGUCACCUUGUUUUCUCGGUCCAGCGGAAAUAAUAAAUCUAGUAAGGAGGUUUAGUAGUUUGAUUAUGCAUGGAGGAAAUUUUGAAUGUGUACACACUUUCUUGGGAUGCACAAUUAAUCUAUCAGCUGUUCUCAUCAGACAUAGUCAGUAUGAAGCUGCUCAGAAUCUGCUGGGAAUUCUGGAAACAUACUUGAACAAUGGAAAAGUAUCGCAUACUGGUCAAGAUGCAGACACUGCAUGUUCAGCAUAUCUUCAUCUCAAUGGAUUUUGCCUUCUGAUGAUUGCACAUGAUGAAGCAAAUAUUAUUUUGAGAGAAUCCAAGGUUCAUGAUGCUAUCCGAUGCUUUUUCAGGGCUGCAUCCGGGUAUGAAGCUCCAAAGGCUUUGGAGAACUUUUCAUUGGAAACAGGGUUUCAAGUUUCUGGGGAAUCUAGAUCUAUUUCUUUGUGGAGACUUAACUACUAUGAGUGGGCAAUGCAAAUUUUUGAGCAACACUCCAUGAGCGAGGGGGCGUACCAAUUUGCUCUUGCUGCACUAGAACUAGUUGAUAUCGUCGACGGGAUAGAUAAUGGAAUUGAAGCUGAGGGUCUUCCAGAGACCGCAGCAAUGAUUAAAGGACGACUAUGGGCUAAUGUAUUCAAGUACAGCUUGGAUUUGAAACACUUUCACGAUGCAUAUUGUGCGAUCGUCUCAAACCCAGAUGAUGAUAGCAAAUAUAUCUGUUUGAGGCGUUUCAUCAUAGUUCUUUGUGAUCUUGGGGAGACAAAGGUUCUUUGUGACGGAGAGAUUCCAUUCACUGGCUUGGUAGAGAAAGUGGAGCAAGAGCUCUUCUGGAAGGCUGAGCGCUCAGAUCUGUCGUCUAGACCAAAUCUCUAUAAGGUUCUUUAUUCAUUUGAAGCACAUAGGAACAAAUGGAGGAAAGCAGCUGCAUACAUGUACAGGUACUUUGUUAGAUUGAAUAGAGAAGGUAAUGCAGGCGGCAGCCACCAACUUCCUCACGUGUUGCAAGAGAGGUUGCAUGCUUUAUCUGCUGCUAUCAACGCAUUGCAGCUUGUUGAUCCCUCAUUUGCAUGGCUCGAUUCUAUUUGUGAAGCCGAUGAUAAAAUUUCUCCAAGUAAAAGACCCCGGAAUCUUUUGAUGGAGAACUCGGCUUUUGGCACAAACUCAGAACUUUCUAGAUUGCAAUUUUGUGUUGACAUUGAAAUCCUUGAAAAAGAAUACAUAUUAACAGAAGCACAGUAUAUGCUCAGCACUUUGAAAUCAAGUUUUGAUUUUUCAGAAAGCCAAUCUAUUGAGUCCCUGAUGGAUAUUCUUAUAAAUGAGAAAUUGUAUGAUAUAGCCUUCACAAUUGUGCUAAAAUUUUGGAAGGAGUCAGAAAUAAAAAAGCAAUUGGACCGUGUAUUUUCAGUCAUUGCGCAGCAAUGCUGCUCGAACAGAUCAGACAACAAAUCAAGUAAACAAGUGCCACUUCUGCCUUCUUCUGAGAAUGAUGCAUGGGAGAUCAACAAUAGGAGUAUUGCUGUGACCCAACAAUUGCAGGGGAGCAACCACUGGGAAACCCUUGAACUAUAUUUGGAUAAAUACAAAGACCUGCAUCCUAGGUUGCCAGUCAUUGUUGCUGAGACGCUUCUUUAUACUGAUCCUGAGAUUGAGCUACCACUUUGGUUGGUUCAGAUGUUCAAGGCUAAUAAGGCAGGGAACAAGAUCUCAUGGGGCAUGUCUGGAAAAGAGGCAGAUCCUGCUGCUUUAUUCAGAUUGUACAUAAACUACGGACGCCACGCAGAAGCCACCAACCUGCUGGUGGAGUAUCUAGAGUCGUUCGCAUCGUCGAGGCCAGUGGACGUCCUCCACCGCAAGAAGAUGUCCGCCGUUUGGUUCCCCUACACCGCCGUCGAGAGGCUCUGGUGCCAGCUUGGUGAGAUGCAACGGGCAGGGCACAGCGUGGAUCAGUGCGACCGGCUCAAGAAGCUGCUGCACGGAGCCCUGAUGAGCCACCUGCAGCAGGUCGUGGUCGACUCGGAUGAUGUGCUGUCGUCAGUUGGAGAUGGGCAGGGGAUGGAGGACCAGAGCAGCUGAAGUCCUGAAGAUCGUGUUGUUGGCAUGUGUAGAAAACGAUGUGCCACCGCUGGAUACUGUAUGUGAUUGUUUGUGUGGUCAGCUGACCAAGAGUUACGCCUGUGUCUUUUAUAUAGAAUUAUUAUUAGAUGAAAACAAAGACGGAGCGAUGGCUCCAUUUGUAACGUGAGCAUGGAACUGUCGCUGAUGACGAGCUGUUCACUUCCCAUGUGUAGAUGUAGAAGGUGGAUUGACGCAUCCAUUACAGCACUGCUGCACUGGUAUUGUAUCGGUUCUGCCUUCGGGGUGUGUAAUGGGGUUGUUGCGAUCGGGUUCAGAUUAGUGUUGAGCGUCGUGGCAUUAGGGCAUGUACAAUACCAUUCAAUAUAUGGUCUUUUAAGGGGUU